UUUCUCAGACAUGUUAUGAUAACGUGUGUUGAACACUGGGAAACAGAAGAUAGUGUUCACCAGGGAAGUCUAACGACCCACUUUCUCUAUCAGAACUCUCCAUCAAAAUCUGACACGCUUUUUUUCUUGUCCUUUUUCUGAAACUCCACAUUCUCCACUAUAAACUCAAAAAGCAUGUGAAAGUUAACCCCACAACCACACUACUUUGAAAUCUUACUUCAUUAUGUACCCCUACACACCCCACUUUCAUAACCAUCAUUUUUCAUGCAACAACCACUGAUAUUAGUCUAUUAUAUUCAAAGAGUCUCACUUUAUUAAGCUGGAAUGUAUAACUAUUAUCAAGGUUAAAACUUUAUCUAUUUUCGGCUUAUUGACGGGUUCACUCUUGCUUCAAGAUGAUAUAAUUCUAUCCUGAUUUGGACAAAACUGUUUCGCUGUGCUAGCUGAGAAGAAAGGUAAGAGUGCUAUGAAUAUUUCUCAGACACAGAUACACACGCAUAGAGUUAUGUUAUGCAAGUUUCCUAGGCCUGUUUGAGGAGAAACACAUACAAAUUUCAGAAUGACAGUUUUUCUGAUGUUAAGUCUUCUUCACUAGCAUUGGAGAUUGAGUUGGUUGGUCAUCAUCAUAUUUUCAGCAAAAGAAUAAGGAAUGGGAGUUCAGCAGCCGCUUGGUGCUUUCCUCUUUCAAGUAAGUAUUGUUUUUGUCAUGUUUCUCAUUGUUAGCGCAUCUGAAGAGCACAAGAAAGCUAGAGGCAGACAUUCAAGCAGAAAGGACCAUAACUCGAAGAUGAGUCCUAGACUUCAGUUCGAGAUCACAUUACAUGGGCUUCUCUUGUGGGCUUCAAUGGCGUUCUUGCUGCCUGUUGGUAUACUAGUCAUCAGACUGUCCAACAGAGAGGGGAAUCGAAGAAGGCUUAGAAUCAUAUUCUAUGUUCAUGCAGCUUUGCAGAAGCUUGCGGUACUUCUUGCUACUGCAGGAGCAGUCAUGUCCAUAAAAAAUUUCAACAACUCCUUCGACAAUAGUCAUCAAAGAUUAGGGGUAGCAUUGUAUGGUAUUAUGUGGCUGCAAGUUCUAGUUGGUAUUUUUCGACCACAAAGAGGAUCCAAAAGAAGAAGUCUGUGGUUCUUUGCACACUGGAUAAUGGGAACUACAGUGUCAUUACUGGGUGUCCUGAAUGUAUUCAUCGGCUUACAAGCCUACCGAGAAAAAACAUCUAAAAGCAUAACAACUUGGAAUAUACUUUUCAGUGUUCAGAUAUGUUUGAUUGUGAUCUUCUACCUUCUUCAAGAAAAAUGGGUCUACAUUCAAAACCAAGGAGUGGUUUAAGACAACUGUGCAAGUAUUUGAAAGACAUAAGGGUACUGAUAGACGUGAAUUUCUCUCCAUGUAUGUUUCUGUUAGUUUCUUUUUCUACAGAAAAGGCACAGUCAUUGAAG